UGCAGAGACAGUAGUACAAUUCUUCUCGUGUUCAUCACAGCACUUUAAUCUAUUUACGCGUUUUUUAAAAUCAACUAAAUCUUAAAUCAAAAUGUUCAAAUUUGUAAUUUUAUUCGCCUGCAUUGCCGCCAUUGCCGUUGCUGCACCUGCCACUGAACGUGAAGAACGUGAAGUCGUGGAAAUUUUGAAAUCGGAAAUCAACAAAAAUGAUGAUGGUUCCUAUCAAUUGUCCUACGAAGGUGGUGAUGGUACUACACGUGAUGAAACAGCUGUUGUCAUGAAUGCCGGUACUGAAGAUGAAGCUUUAGAAGUCAAGGGUUCCUACAAAUACAUCAACGAAGAUGGUGAAGAAGUUGAAGUUUUCUAUACUGCUGGUGUAAAUGGUUUUGUGCCCUACGGUAAGACCAUCAAUAAAGAAAUCUCUGCUGUCGCUGAGGCCGCCAAGGAUUUGCCCAAAGAAGAACCUUAUGUCAAAGUAGACAAGAAACAUGAAUAAUUCCCUUGAGAAAUCCGUCAUUGCCUCAAACGGUAAUCGUUUCUUAAUUUGAAUUUUUAAUGAGAAUGAAGUUUUAAUUAAGGGGCUGGUUACUAGUUACGAUCUUGGUAUGGUUUAAUAUACAAUUAAUUAUUUGUUUUAGUUUUUUGUAUUUCUUUGUUAAGUCCCGUGUUUUUUAAGUUUAAGUUAUAAAGAUAGCAGUUAAGAUGAGAUAGAGAGAUAAACUUUACUUUAACAUAGAAAUAACAAUUAAAGCCUAGUCUGUGUUUAAAUGUUUAAGAA